UCGCAUCAUUUCGAAUUUUCACAAAGAAAAAUUCGUGCAAUUUGUUAUUCAUUUUUACACAAAUAGUUUCCAUCGAUAGUUGCCAUUUUCUGCUCGUGUCCGGCACCGGACCGGAUUCGGCAACGUUAUUUACAAUCAUACUCCGCAUACUUCGUCGUCUGCCUCUUAAAUAUCAAGGAUGCAGGUAAAAAGUUUCCGAAUUUCCUUAUUGUAGAUACAAUGAUCGAUUAUCGUGCCAAAUAAUCGUCUAUUAUGAUUGAAUUUUUUAAGAAGAAAUUUUUUGUCAAGUCCAGUUUUUAGAAAGCGGAGAAAUAAUUUACCACGGUGUUAUAAAAUACUUGAAUUUCUUCAUAAACUUGUAGGAUCUACAUAGCAUACUUACGCGUGUGGUUGAGCAUAUUUAGAUAUGUAGAGAAUAUUGCUCCUCUCAUUUCUACGUUCCUACUGUGCCAAUAUUUUUGUCUUUCGCAUUAGACAUCUUUUUCGAUGCUGCACGAUUUUGAAAUUUACCUUCGCUAUAAUUCAUGCCUGCCCUGGUCGGAACGAAAUGCAAAGGAAUGAAAAGAGUCCUGGACAAAGUCGAUCGAUCUUUUUUCUCUUCUUUCUACGAGAUGUAUCAUUCACGUGAGAAUAUUGUCGGCGACCAACUCGACCUACCCCCUUGGAUUUCUUUUUCAUGAACGAGAAUCACGAAAACGGUGGUUAUGGGAAAGUCAGUGUUUGCGAAGCUGGUCAAACGUCGUAAGUAAAUGAGAACCAACUUGAACGGAAUAAAAUAUGCUAUAAGAGUAUUCAGACGGUUGCUCUUCUUCGACGUGCUUAGUUUAUGAGUUUACAAGGAAAGAAGAAAGUGAUCGUCACAACUCUAUAUAGAUCUUAACCGAUAUUUAUUAACAAUUUCAUGCCAGUUUUCUUCGGUAUUGUUACACACGCUUCCUAAGUCUAACUUUUUCGUCUUUUCUAACAGAGUUUAAAUAUACAACUUCCGUAAGAAGAUAGCAAGUGCUACCCGUAGUCAUUAAUUAAUCGCCAGUUUAAAAACUUGGUAGAUAUUAUCGUAUUAUUAUCGCAAAUUUACCAAGUACUCCAAGUACCAAGUUGAUAAAAUUCAUAUAUUAUUUAUUUACCAAACACUACCAAAUCUCCGGAUACUCAUGUACGCCAGCGUACAGUAAGCGGCACGCAGACUUUGAUGGCGCGAAGAUGCUACAAAGCGGAGUAUCGGAAUUGGAAGAGUCACUGACUCUGACGUAUCGUCAGAAACGACCGUUUCGAUCCACGCCAUCGCGAUCGAUUUCUAUGUAACUUUGUUGUGCUUUAGUGGACGCAACGGGCUAGGCAACUAUCGCAUCGGAAGAAGAGGAGGACGCAGAUUAAUCGAGCGUAUCCGAUGCGAUUCGAUCGACCAACUGUCAAUUACCUGACAAGACGCGCAACGUGCUUCACUAUCUUCGACGUUCCGCUCUCGUAUGAUCGAGCAAUUUCAUACAUCACUAUCUAGUUUAAUUUAGAUGGAUGUAGGUACGUUCUGACUUGGAAAUCGGGAAGGUAGAAUCAGUCGCGUGACAGCUGCGAACGAGUAAUCGUCGUGAUACUAAUCGACCGUCGGCAAACUUUGUCGCGUACGAGACAAUUCUCCGGUGCGUGGGCAAACGAGUGUAAGCCAGAUUUUGGCCAACAGGAUAAGUACGCUGCUAUUUUUCUAUAUCGUUGUCCUUUGCUUAUGACUCAAUUUUCUUACGAGUCAAUUUCAAUUUUGCUGCUAUCCUGCUUUUUUACCCGUGGGAUUCCAAAGCUAAGUGUUCAUUUGAUAGUAAAACUAUCGCGAGUUGGAUAAUUCUUUAUCCGUAUCGCUAACUGAUCGCAUAAUCAGUGUCAACGCAGCGAGAAAUAUUCCAACUGCAGAUUGUUUUACUCGCAAAUGAACGCAACUAAGCGAUUGCGGAUCUUGUCGUUAGGUGGUAUCGACAAAAUCCGCGAUCAUUUAGUUGCAAUCAUUGAAAAACUAAUAAUUUUCACUUACGCUCUUUCGGCUGCUAGAAAAUUAUUAACGAAGGAGGUGACCAUGCUUCGGUUCAGACGGGAAUUCUGUGCGACGUUGCUGCUACUGUGCGUCUCAAGGAGCACGCGCCUCUCCGCGUCUUUGGCAGACGCCGAACCUAUUCUGAUACGACCGCUCAAAGUCUACGAGAGUUUGAUCAAGGGUGUUCACGAUCACUUCAACAACACCUGCGUCAUACUUUUUCACGGCACGAUGAACGUGAUAGAGAAGAAAGGAUUGGAAGAUAUAGAUGGACUGUUGGCGCUCCAAAGGUACUUGAGUGGAUCUCUGAACAUCCGGACUGUGAUUAUGGAUUUUAGCAUGUUCAAGACUCGAGUAGGAAAGACUUAUUAUCACAUCAAAAGGCCGUUGUUCGUGUUAUUGAACGAUCUCGACGAGAUCAGGGAGCAAUUCACUUCGGUUUCCAAAUGGAUCACGAUGUCUUAUCCGACGUGGUUGCUGUUCCUGAGGGACGGCACUAAAUUCGACGAAUUUUUGUCGAACGUCUACGUACCGUUUAACUGCGUCCUGAUGGUGACUCAGAGAGAUUCGAAGGGAACAGGUGAGAUUGUCCGGGACGUGUACCAAAUCAGCAAGGAGGAUAAUCUGAGAUCGAUGAGGUUUGGCGAGUGGAAUGCGAGAGAAGGAUUCCAGGGACCUCAGCUUGGAUUAUAUCAACGUAGAAACGAUCUAAAUGGACGCAACAUACGAGUGGUUUCCGUUCACGAUCCUCCAGUUUCGCGGAUCAUUCGCGAUAAAGCUGGUCAGCCUUCUAGGAUCGGCGGUUUCUUCGGUGAAGUGAUUCAACUGCUGAAAGAAGGAAUGAAUUGCACGUUUACCUACAUGGAGGCUAGCUCAUGGGGUACCCGAUUACCAAAUGGCACGUGGACAGGUUCGAUCAGAAUGUUGGUAGAAGACAAGGCAGAUCUCGCGGCAACCGAGCUGAUGAUGUCGUCCGACAGACUGGAGGCCAUUAAAUUUACCACUCCCGUCUACUCGACCAAAUGCCGCGCAUACAUCAGGAGACCGGACACAACAGCAGUGAAAUGGAACACGUACUUGGCACCAUUUGCAUUCAACGUUUGGAACGCGAUCGGUCUAACCGUCGUGGUAGUGGCGCUGACGAUCACCGGGAUCGAUGUUCUCUCGAGAAAAGUGAAUUGGUUUCCGGUUGAUCUCAGGUCCAAUUCCAGGUCUACCUUAUCCGAGAUUCUCUUCUUCGUAUUUGGUGCGUUCUGUGGACAGGGCAUGGAACCGUCUCCUUUGGAUCCCACGCGACUGGUGCAUCUGAACGUUCACUUAACAGGCGUGGUGGUGCUUGCAGCUUAUUCGGCAGCGUUAAUCAGCUUCUUGGCCAUAAAGACGUUUGUGAUGCCAUUUACCACGAUGGAGGGUUUGCUGAAAGAUGGUACCUAUCGAUUUGCCGUGGUUGGUGAUUCGGCCGAUUACAGUUUCUUCCAGAACACCAGUGACACCGUGCUCACGGUCAUGUUCGAGGAGCUGUUGGCCAGGGAACUUGAUCUGCCGGUAAACUAUUUGGACGGUUUGAAUCGUGUUUGUCAGGAGAAGAAAUACGCUUUCAUGACGCUGGAUAAUAUGGCCACCGUGCUGCAAGGGAAAGUCGAGUGCGCGGUAGAACCUCUGGAUGCGAUAAUGCAGACUACGAUAGCUAUGGCAGUCCCGAUUCACAGUCCUUAUCGUGGCAUUAUCGACACCAACAUUCUUCUGCUACGGGAUAGCGGCAUCCUUCAGCGGCUGCUUAAGCUCGAAUGGUCGAGCCAAGUGCGUUGGGCAAAAUCCGGCUGGUCUUCGGUAGAACUGGAAGACGCAGUGCCUCUACUUCUCUUUUUGAUCUCGUCUUAUCUAGUCACCUGUUUGGUGUUAUUAGUCGAACGAAUAGUGUGUCGCAAUCGGGAGCAACGAUCUCGCAGCGAUCAACGGUUUACAGGAAAUUAAUCAGACGGAUAUUUAUCGGACCGUGCGCGAAUCGUCCUCUCGUGCCGACGCGUUAUCAAAUUAAUACGCAAAUAUAAACAAAGCCACAGUUGUGCGCGUUUCCCCGUAACGGUUGGAUGAGAUCGAACAGAAAACAGUUUCCGAGAAGAAAUUCUGAGAAUAUUUUGCAGAAAAUCGGCAUAGAUGGCUCACGUGGGGCAAAACG